CCGGAAGUUUUGAAAUUACCUCCCUUCUGUUUUGGACUGACCAAACCCUACCAGAAGAUACUUACCAGAUAUGCAUUUACCAUAAAAUCAAACAGAAAUACGGUUUUGUAGUGUAUUGGCAUCAUGUAUUGUGAGUGGGCCUCACUGCAGGGAGAAAUACAAUGUGACAAAGCUAACCAGAGUGUGUUGCACAAGUUCCCAGCCACAGUUGGAAGAGAUGUUGCCUACACAGUUGUUAAAAGUAUUGCUCAGAAUUUGAGUCUUGCUGGUAGUAACUCUGAACCUAGUCACUUGGUAUCUGACAAAGAAGUCAAAUGGACUAUGGAGGUAUUGUGUUUUGGUCUAAGUUUACCUUUAACAGAACAAGACACCAUCAAGGAGUGUGUUAGCGUGUAUUGUGAUUGGCUGUCAGCAUGUACAGAACCCAAGGCCUGUGUACCCGGACCUGUCAGGGAAAACCCUAACCCAUAUACUCAGGAUAUCAUACAUCAUUUACUCAACUUGUUUGUUCCAAGACCAGGGUCAGUUUUGGACCUUGUUAAAAGACAAGCCUUGCUUUGCCACAGAACUUUGAGAGCUAUAGAAGAAGUUGCUACAAAGUCCACCAUUUUGACUAGGGAGACAUGGGAAACUUUAUUAAAGUUUUUAUUGGCUGCCAAUGAUAGUCUGCUAUCUCCCCCUACAGAAAAAGACGACACUGGGCUGAGUUCAUAUGAUAUUGGUGACCAUUUAUGUGAGAGAGUAUUAAGUGUGUUAUUUGAGAUCUGGUUGUUGGCCUGCUAUAAGUGUUUUCCAUCGCCAUCGUUAUGGAAGACGUUCAGGAACAUGUGUGUGAACUGGAGACACCAUGAGACACUAGUGGUACAAUGGCACAAAGUGAACCAUGCACUUACAGCCAGGCUACUUAAGUUUUUAUAUGGACCAGGUUAUCCUAUAUUACAGCUUGGCAAUGUUCAAGAAGAGGGAGGAUCACAGCUGAUACCAGAUGAUAUGUCUUAUGACACAAUAGCCCAGUGUUGGUUCAGAUACCUCCAUGUAUUAAACAAUCCAGUCGACUUAUGUCAUCCUGAUAUCAUUAGUAAUACACCAAAGUUUCGUCAACAUGCCAUGCCAGGGAAUGGAGUUGUAGACCCUAUACAACAUGAAUGUCUAAACAAACUACCGUACAUCUUCUUCAGGGCCAUGAGGGGCAUAUCUAUAAUGGUUAAUGCAUUUCUAGGAAUUGCUCAGUCAGUAAAAGCAGAUGAUGAGUUAUAUACAACACAAAUGAGUCGACAAAUGCCUGGUCCUUCAACUCCACCCGGACAAAGGAAACCAGGUCGUCCUAUAUCAUCUGUUAUAGCUGGCACUUUACAGAAAGGGUCAAAAAUGGCAGCAACAGUAACUACUCCAAAAUCAUCAACCCUACCGCCAAACCUCAGUGGUCAUGUGUCAUUUGAUGCUAGGCAACCAUUAGCUUCUGCACGACCCAGAUGUAAUAGUAUUCUUCAUCUUUUUGGUGCUUGGUUAUUUGAUGCAGCUCUAGCCAGAGUGUCUCUCCAUCCUUCUCACAAAGAAACUGCAGAUAAAGCAAGGACUGAGAGCAGAUCUAGUUCCUUCACAGAUUCUCGUCAUGCCUCCAUAUCUCUGGAUUUCCCUGUCAUGGGCCUAAAUAGUGACAACACAUAUGAAGCAGGACGAGCUGAAGCUAUAGGAGCUUUAUGUAGAAUAUUCUGUGCUCACAAAACAGGGGAAGCCAUUCUAACUACUUAUUACUCCAGAUUUUAUAUUUCUAUGUUUUAUGGACUUCAAACAGGAGAGACGAUGAGUGGACAAGUAUUAUCCAGUAUUAUAUUUAACUCCUGUGAUUUACUAAGAGUAAACCUUGAUGGUGUACAGCUCUUAGUUCCAUAUAUACUGACAGCCAUUCAACUUAUACUAUCUGAAAAUAGUUUACCAUUCAAGUUAAACGAUGACAGGACCAUAGAGUUACGGAGAUCGUGUACCCACCUUUUACUAUCUAUGUUGUGCUUACCAUUACAUUUCAAAGACUUAAAGAUUAAAGAUUUUGUACCAGCAGACAAUGUCAACCAAGUAACAACUUUCAUUUCACUAAGGAAGAGGAUUACAGAAUUACUACUGAGAGCUUUGUUGAUAGAGACUGAUCCUACAAAUACACAGAUGUUAAUAGGUGGAUUAAUGCUAGCUGUUCAGGACCAAGCCAUGUUUGAAGAAGCAGAACAGAACACAUUACAGCCCCAACAUGAUACAAGUACUGAUUCUGAGGCACAUGCAGAUACAAGCCACACAAGUGUAGGUACUACAUCAUCAGACUCAAGCUAUCAGGAGUCAGCCUACCACAGACUGCAUCAGACAUCACAGGAUGUAGAAUCUGCCUAUGGACUGUUUGGACAAGCAACAUCAGAAGUGUGUACACGAUUGAUGGUGAAUUGGAAGACUGAUCUAAACACAGCGUUAGCAGCCAUGGAAUUAUUAAGUGGUCUGGCAAAGGUCCAAAUAAAACCACCCAAUCUACUGAUGUGUAAACGUACAGUCAAAUGGAUCUGUGACUUCAUUGUGUUCCAGUGUAAUCGUCCUAAUCAGAACCACACCAGAGAUCUACACUCAAUGAUCGUAGCAGCCUUUAAAUGUUUGACAUUGUGGUUGGUGGAGCACAGUAGGCUGUUGUAUGACAAAGAAUGUCUACAUAAUGUCCUAGAGGUGGUAGAACUCGGUAUAUCUGGGUCAAAAUCACAGACAAAACCAGCAGAGACAUAUUCUGUGACAUUAAAGGACUCAAAAUCAGUCACAUUAAAUAAGAAUCGUGCCAGUGAUGUACCUAAAUUCAAGGGAGAUAAGGAAUUAAUGCCAGCUUCAAUGAGAGUAAAGGAGGCCGCUGAGGGGGUACUCACUGUCAUAAUACAACAUGUGGGAGCUUUUCCCCCACCAUGUGGUCCAGAGUCUUUGUUUUCAUUAUUGGAUGAGAAAUCCUUACUAAAGUACUGUAAAGGCAAUUCUUUACCAGAGGCAGGAUCUCCAUUCAAAUACUUUGUAUUGGAUAACUCCAUCAUUGUUGGAUUACUAGAACAGCCAUUAGGAAAUAAUGAAGAUCCCUUACCAACAGUGACUUCUUUAAUUAGAGGACCAUUUGGAAGACAUGCAUGGACCAUGCAACUACGACAUUCACCUAGAAAUAAUAAAAUAAACUCUCGAUCCCGAUCCCGUUUGACAGAUCCAGGUCGACCAUUACCUAUGGAGAAUGUUGGUAUUCAUCACAAUAUAAAACACAGAUACUUCCCUGAAUCAGCUGAUAAAAUACCACCUACCAAAGCAGAUAAAAGUAUACCCACAUUAGAAUCUCUUGUGAAAGAUAACGAUCGUACAGACCUGAACAAACUGAAAUCAUUUAUUGACAAAGCUGUACAGUUUGAAAAUGAAAUUAGUAGGAAGAGUAAACUCAACAUGAAACAUUCACCAUUUCCCAGCCAGGAUAUCGAAUGUAAAACUCCAAGAAUUACACAGGAAUUCCAGACAGCUAGAUUGUUCCUAUCUCAUUAUGGCUUCUUGUCUUUAGAAGCUUUAAAGGACAAUAAUAACAGUAGUAUACCACCAGCUUUAGUGAUGUUAGAUACAACAAACUCUGGCUUGUUUACAGAUCUGGAGAUAUUAGAUACAGUGACUUCACGGGACAAUGAUACUGUUCAUAUAUUCUAUGUUAAAUCAGGACAGAAGAAUUUUCAUGAUAUUAUUGACAAUGUAACAUCAAGAACUAACGUACAGUCACAGUUCAUUGAGUUCCUUCAUUCACUUGGAUGGCCUGUAGAUGUUAGAAAGCAUGCUGGCUGGACUGGACACAUUAGUACAAGCUGGAAAGUCAUGGAACCAGAGGAAGAUAUUAGUGCAUCAGACUACCAGAUGAGUACGGGUGGUAGUGUAUAUGAUGGUAGACAACAAGUUUUGUACUGGGCAGACGUGUCGUCAGAGGUUGCUUUUGUUGUUCCCUCUACAGAAUCUAGAAUAUCAUCUAGUAACACUUCUGGAGAUAAAUCUCCUCUCCUCACACAUAAGAUGGCUGAGAGAGCUGCAUCUGACAUAUCCAUUAACAAGCCAAAGACUCUGUCAUUAGAUAGAGCUGACCAUGUAGACAAGAUAAAGGGAGAUAGUCCAAUUUCUCCACAAGAUCAACCGAUUUACAAGAAGUCUGGUCGUCAACCUGCGCUAAUGGCUGGUCCAGAUAUUAAGAUAUUAGUAGUAUGGUUGGAGAACUUUCAGGACCACGAGAACUUCCCUACUGAGGAUAUAUUGAGUGUGACGAGGACGGGUAUGGAACACCUGAACACUUCAUUGAUGUCAUCGACCCCUAAAUCAUCAGAGAAAGAUACCUUCAUAAUCUUCAUUCAUGCUUUACAAAAUGGUUUGUUUAGAAUACACAUGCAGGGCAUAACAGGAAGAAUCAAUAUGGCGAUACCAUUGAUAGAUGGGAUGGUGGUCAGUCGACGCACAUUAGGACCAAUGGUCAGACAAACAGCAAUUAAUAUUGGUAAAAGAAAAAGACUGGAAAGUGAAACAUAUCAGCCACCACAUGUAAGAAGAAAGUUAAAGAUUCAGGAGAUGGCUAAACAAUAUCGUCUUAAAAUGUCAGAGCCUGAGUUCUACACAGCUUUAUUUCAUGAUGUGCCGAAAUGAAGAUAAAUAAUCAACACUUAUCUCUGUUUAAAAAUACCAGGAUGUUGAUAUCUACAUUGGGCUAUCUAUCUCAUACUGAAACUGUUCUCUUAUGAAUACCAUUAUUUAUUCAUGCAGUAUGCAUUGUCUUCAUUGUAAAGACUAAGUAGUGGACCAAAGGGAAACAUUUCAGAUGACUUUUGAAGGCUUUGACCAAUAACCACACAUAGAUCAUAUGAUAGAAGGCUAUGUGCAUAUACAUCUGUUUAGCUUUGACCAAUAUCAAUAUGAUUAGACUAUAACAGAAGACUGAGUGCAUACUGAUGCUUUAAGCUGUGACAAUUUUCACUACAUUUAGAUUAUAUAAGAGGGUUACGUGUACAUAAAUAUAUUUCUAUGUGUACAUACUAGUAGGUGUGUAAAGCUCUAAGCAUAAUUACUAUGUGUAUAGUCAAUGUAACACUUUUGUUAUAUGACAACUACAUCUACAUUUAGCAUUCAGAUUAUAUUAAAGAAUUAUUAGUACCUAAGUGUGUUUAGCUCUAAACAUAUCACUAUGUACAUACUCAAUGAAACUAUUACUACUCCACCUACAUAUAUAUUUUAAAAGAGGGCUGUGUGCAAUGUAUCUGUGAUAUUUUAAAUACUUAGUAAUAUAUUAUUCAAUCAACUAAACAUUUUAGAUGGAAAGUAAAACUGGAUAUUCAUUAUUAUUCCUGGGAUACAAAGGAGUAAGUUCAGUAAGUGCCAUAUUUGGCCCCAAUUAUAAAGUUCAUGGUUACAAGACAAUAAUUGUUUAAAGUUGCCUUAAAGACAUGUGAGAAAAUUAAACAGAGCUGUUUUUGUCAAAGUUUAAUUCUAACAUGUUGAUUUUUACAUCCCAAAAAGCUCAAUUUAAGGGAUUUUGGUGAAAUUUGACAAAAAUCAGUUGGAUUUCAACCAAAUAAAGGACCAGGAAACAUAGAGCGCAGGCGUCGACAAGCUUAAUAUUCAAAUUAGACCUGUUGAAUGUCUCCACAAACGUUAUCUUAAAUGAUCUUUGUUGUCGACGUAUGCGCUCUAUGUUUCUUGUCAAAUAAUCUUUGGAAAUUUACCUAUUUUCAUUGAUUUUUUCGUGAAAAAUCAACAUUUGUACAACUUGUGACGUCUUAAUGAUACGCAGAAACAUAAAAUUUUCAACAAACUGGCUUACAUCAUAUCUAGUCAAUGUGUUAGCUAUAAUUUAUCGUGAAAUUGGUCAAUAAAUCCGAAAUUUGAAAUUUACGCUAAAAAAGGGGGCCAUUUUAGGACCUUAUCGAACAUACUCCUUUUCAUAUAUACAGGUGAUUAACUAAUUUAAAUGUUCAACAAUUUCUACAGGCUUUUAUACAGACUUUGGUAAAACCAUAAAAUGAAAUAUCCAUGAAAAUAUGAUUUUUCAGUAAUUGACAAAAUUGAAAUAAUUCACAGUAAAUUUUCUUAUACAAAUAUAUUUGCCAUGGCAACUUUUUAUUUGAAGUAACCAGCAUAUUGUUGAUUUGAAAAGUUGUUAUGCCUUGGAUUAAUUUAAAAUAUUUAUUGCACUAAAUUAUAACCAUUCUACAAAUGAAGUAAUCAAAUGAUUAACAUAUGCCAAACAUCAGUAUUCAUAAUGAUACAAAUCAUAAAUAAUACGCAAGGAAUGAAUUGACAAAGUGGUAGUAGAACUUUAUUUUCUCAUUUUGUAACAUAUCUCUCAAGUAAAAUUAAUGUUUUGAGAAAUAUGUUUAGAUUCUAGUUUAUAAAGAAUAAGCUAGCAUGUCCCAAAUGAAGAAUACAUGUUUUGUUGCUCCUUAUGAAUUGUACAAGCUUUGGUUAAGUGUUAUAUGAUAUUGUUCAUCUAGUCUGAUUUCUGUACUACACAUGCAAUAGUGCUGUAAUUGUUAAUAAUUGUUAAUAAAAUAUUUAUUGAUAUUAAAAAUGUUUUAAAUGAA